AUGUCUAACAUGGAGAUCUCUAUGGCUUACCCAGCCUCUAAAUUUGAGGCUGAUAACACUUUGACCAACCCUGUUGUCUUGGAAAAGUAUCAACUCGCUGCUGAUAUUGUCAAUGGUGUCCUUCCCGUUGUCGUUAGCAAGGUCGAAACUGGUAUUUCAGUCUGUGAUCUCUGUCAAUUCGGUGAUGACCUCUUGACCGCCUAUACCGAUAAGAUGUACAAGAACUCUGAAAGAGGUAUUGCAGUCCCUACUUGUGUCUCUGUCAAUAACUUUGUUCAAUACUUUUCACCUCUUGCCGAGAAUGAUAUCAACUUGAAGCCUGGAGAUGUCGUCAAGAUUGAAUUGGGUGUUCAUGUCGAUGGUUAUAUUGCUACUGCUGCCCAUACCACCAUUGUUUCUUCCAACUCUCAAGAGCCCACCACUGGUAAGGCUGCUGAUGUUGUUGCUGCCACUCAUUUCGCAUAUGAAACCGCCCUCCGCAUGCUCCGUCCUGGAAUCAGAGCCUCAGAAAUCACUCGUGUCAUCACUGAAAUCGCUGCCUACUUCCGUUGUCAACCUGUUGAAGGUACCUUUUCUUCUCCCAUGAAGCGUUUUGUUUUGCGUGCUGGUAAGGACAUCGAGAACCGUUUCCUUGAUGAGUUGAUUGUCCAAGAUUUGGAAAAGUAUGAUUUCGAAGUUGAGGCCAACCAAGUAUAUCAAUUGAAUAUUGCUUUGACUACUGGCGAUGGUACCGUCAAGAACACUGAAUACAAGCCUUUCGUGUAUCAAAGAGAUGUUAACAAAUCAUACCAACUCAAGAUGAAAUCUGCUCGUCAAGCUUACGCUGAAGUCAAUGCCAACCACACUGUUUUCCCCUUUGCCACUCGUUCUUUGUCCAGCAACGCUGCUCGUCUUGGUUUGAUGUCUUUGUUAGAACAUGAGCUUGUCACUGCUUACCCUGUCAUGCGCACAAAGCUCAACUCUGAUUUGGUUGCUCAAUUCAAGGGCACUGUCAUGGUUACUGCUGAAGGUCCUGUUCGUAACACUCGUGCUUUGCAAUUACCCUAUGUUCACUCCCAAUUUUGCAUACCUCAAGCUACCACUGCUGCUACUGUCUUGAGCACACCUGAAGUCAAGGAGAUCAGACAAGCUAAGCCUUUGGCCAGUGUUGAUGUUACAUUUGGUGAUCGUCGUAUCCAGAAGGAGGAUGUCGAGAUGGAUAUGGAGUAA